AUGUCAAACAACGCGGAAACCCCGGCUUUCGUAUACACGCCCGCGCCACUGACGAAUAAAGUACAUUCAGCCGUGUACGAUGCUAUAGAUCCUUCACAGCCUUCGCUUUCUCAGGCUGGGAGGACAGUUCUCAUCACCGGCGGAUCUGCUGGUAUCGGCUAUGCCAUUGCCGAGAACUUUGCUUUGGCCGGUGCGGAUAAGGUCAUCAUCACUGGUAGAGCUCGCCCAAAGCUUGACGAGGCAAUAGCAAGACUGGCUCAUGAUCACGUCGAUUGCAAUACCAAAUUUGAGGGGGUAGUCUGUCAGCUGUCUGAUUCCAGCAGCAUCGAUCAGAUGUUUGACUCUUUCGGCCCAAAUAGUGUUCAUGUGGAUGUAUUGGUCCUCAACGCUGCUCUCAUUGUUGAUGGGGCAUUGUGGGAUCAAGGUUGGGAAAAGACGUGGGAGCAGUUCGUGGUCAACACUCGUGCGCUACAUCAACUAUACGAUCGCCUACAUAAGCAAGAACAGGGGAAAGGAAAGUACUAUAUACUCAACGUCUCAUCGGGUGCCAUUCAUGAUUUCCGAGGCCCUACAACCUUGGCUUCUUAUUCCCUGACCAAGGCAUCGGGGACCUUGCUGAUGCAGAAACUGGCAGAUGAGAAGGAUCCCUCUCAAACUCAGAUCAUCAACUUCCAUCCAGGCGCCCUUCUGACAGACCAAGUUCGCGAGAAAGGGAUGGCAGAAUCGAUAACGAAUUGGGACGAUGUGAGUCUUCCAGGCGCGUUUGCCGUCUGGUGCGCGUCGGAUGAAGCGGCCUUUUUGCAUGGUCGAUUUGUGUGGUCGGCUUGGGAUGUCGAGGAGUUGAAGAGUGGACCGAUCAGGGAUAGGCUUGACAAAGACGGUCAAUUCCUUCGCAUUGGCGUUCAUGGUUUGUAG